AUGCAGGUGAGCGAGGGCUCGACGCUGAUCCGUAUACAGUGCGACGAGACACAUCCAGAGUGCAUCAACUGCAAUGUCUCCCAACGCUCCUGCUCAUAUCAAGAUCUUGUCUCUGCAGCGAGUGCUGUUGUGCAACCUUCGCGACCGAAAUCCAAACGCGCAGAGAAAAAGAAAGACACUCGAAUCUCUUCAGAUGAAGUUCAGCUAGGAGCCACCGACUACUCUUCCCCGGUCAACAAGCUCCAUUUAGGAUUAUUUCACCACUUCCUUGCCGAUAUCCGAUCUUUUCUUGGUCAUGACAACUUCUCCUACGAGGGGUCUGCUAUAGAUAUCACUUCGCAAAUAUUGGCUGCGCCAUUCCUGAUGAACCAAAUCCUCGCGUUUUCCGCCCUGCAUCGCAGCAUCACUCGACCGGAGAAACGGGAGUACUAUCAGUAUCAUUCAUCGCAACUUCAAACACACGCCCUUUCCGAAUUCAAUGGCCAAGGACUGAACGUAUCCGCUGAUACUUGUAUUCCGAUGUUCCUUUUCUCCUCAUGUAUGGCCCUGCAUAUCCUGGCUGAUAGCCUCUCCUUCCGCCCAGCUGGCUUUGAACCGUUUCUCGACCACUUCAUCCAGUCGCUGAGGAUGCAUCGUGGUGUCCGUGCCAUAACGAACCAAUCUUGGCGCCUGCUGUUACGUUCGCCGCUCAAGUCCCUUCUCGAAAACGAAGCAUUGAGACUAGAUCACGGCGCGCCUGGCGAUGAAUGUCUAGAGCUAUUAACUCAUGUGGAUGCUAUGCCUGACUCGGCAAUUAGCUCUAUUUAUCGGCAGGUCACCGAAGACUUACAGAAGGUAUACAACGCAAGCCGCUCCUCUCUCUCAUAA